GCGUAAACGUGACCGCUCAAGACUACAAGCAGCUGCCUUUUGUGUCCUCCGGUCGCUGCCCGGCUUCUCAGUCAGAGACAUAUGCCUUUUCCCCACUUACUUUUUUUUUUUUUUUUUUUCCCAAGUUUGAAAAUUGCACAGAAAUAGAAGGGGGAGAUUUUCUCCCCUCUGCUAUAUUUGUGAGGAGGGUCAUUUCCACGGUGCAGUAGGAGCAAGCGUAGCCUUUAACCAUAUUUAACAACUGAAAGUAAAAGGGAAAGAAGGAGGAGGAGGAGCAAGUGCUGCUGUCACUGCUGCAAACUUUAUCCUAACUUCUGUGCCAGCUUGCUACACGGCCUUCCCCGAAGCUUGAAUGUUUUUAAUUUUCCCGGAAAUACACUGUACAAAGAGUCAGAUCCAUUCCGAGGCAUCCGAAACCUUCACUGAACCUGGAGAGGGAUCACAGGAGACAGAGAUAUAUGCUGAUGUGGAGCCAUUGGGUAGCAUGAACAACAUUAUGCUACAUCUGUUCUGAAGAAUGAAGAGUCACUUCUCACUUUAACUAGCAGUCAGCUGGCUUUGCAACAAAAUCAACAUCUUCCAAGCUGUGGACAGUGACAGGUCCCACAAUGCACUUUCCUGAUCCAGAUUCUAUGCUUCUGUUCUGAGUAAUGCUCCAGCAGACAGGAUGCAGAGGAGACUACAGCCACAGCGAACCUCUGCUGCAGCAUGGAGCAGGCUGGAAAAUCAAAAAACACACCUGAAAAAUCUUCGUCUGCAAUACCAGCUGUAUCUUCUUCUGAACAGCCAUUUUCUCAGCCUUUUAAAGAGUGAGACAGGACUAACCAUCUUCUUCCUGUGUGCUUAUUUACCAAAGACAGCAGCUGGUCAUUGCAAGUGGACAGAAGUUCUAAAAGAUUUGGAGCAGAUCAAAACAUCUGAAGACAUUGAUGUCAGUUUAUAUACUGCAAACACAGACGAGGAUAAAGAAUGCCAAGAACCUGUAAUGAGAUGCUUCUUCCUAGAGAUGAAAGUGGUUCUUCAUGAAUGUUAUAUAAUGAACUGUAGUAAAACACAGGACGUAUUCAACAUUUUGAAAAAUGGAAAUGCAAACUUUGAAAAUAACCAGAAGACUUCCACAACACCAAAAAAAUGCAAAGAAUGUGAGGAGUAUGAAGAAAAAAAUUUUACAGAAUUUGUACAUAAUUUUGUAAAGGUUAUACAAAGGGAAUGCAAAUAAUUUACUGACCAAAAGACACAAGCUGGGAACCAAGAGAAUUCAAGGAACAUGCCUCAGAGAAGUCAGAUUUUCACCAACAAUAAACUGAAACGAACUCUGUUUACAAUCCUUCAUGCAUGGCAUAAUGGACAAAGGAGAAUAAAAUUAUUAACAUAAUGGAUUCAUAAUUGGAUAUAUACAAACAAUACUACUUAUGAAACAUAAAUGAAAGGAAUUUAACAAAAUUUAAAAAUUUAAAGCUUUUUUAAAGCAUAUUUAUUAUUUGGUAAGGCCAGUGGGGAGGAAAUCUCUCCUAACUUACCUGCCUUUCAGAGAAAUGCUGUAAGAAGAUCUCAGAAUAUCUUCAGUGGGAAUCUCACCGUGAACAUCAGUUCAGACCUAAUGGAACACUGUUUCAGAGAAAAGUUCUUCUUUUAUUAUUAUUAACAUAAAAUUAUGUUAUCCUAUUUGAA